GGGUCCAAGAUGGCGGCCGAGCGGCGGGGGAGCGCCCGCGGCCCCCUGCGGCGUCUCCCUCAUUCAUUGCGGCAGUGAGGGGCGGCGGCGCGGCGGGGUGAGCGAGCCGGCACAGCGGGAGAGGGCGGCUUCCGCGGGACGAGGAGCCGAGUCGGGCCCGUGAGGAGCAAGGAGGCGCCUGCGAGAGGGCGGGGAGGAGCUGCGGGUCGGUGCCGCCGGCGCGGGCGGAGCGGACAUGGCCACCAUGGAGAAGUUGAUGAAGGCCUUCGAGUCGUUGCGCUCCUUCCAGCAGCAGCAGGUUCCGGCUGCCAUCCCCGAGGAGCCGCUCCAGAGACCAAAGAAAGAACUUUCAACUACCAAGAAAGAUCGAGUUAAUCAUUGUCUAACAAUAUGUGAAAACAUAGUUGCUCAGUCCUUAAGAAAUUCUCCAGAGUUUCAGAAGCUGCUGGGAAUUGCAAUGGAACUCUUCCUGCUCUGCAGUGAGGAUGCAGAAUCUGAUGUCCGGAUGGUUGCUGAUGAAUGCCUUAAUAAAGUUAUUAAAGCUUUGAUGGAUUCCAAUCUUCCUAGGUUACAAUUAGAGCUGUAUAAAGAGAUUAAAAAGAAUGGUGCUUCCAGAAGUCUACGUGCUGCUCUCUGGAGAUUUGCUGAGCUUGCCCAUCUAGUUCGGCCUCAAAAGUGCAGGCCAUACCUGGUGAACCUUUUGCCCUGUCUAACACGGAUCAGUAAGAGACCUGAGGAGUCAGUACAGGAGACACUAGCUGCAGCAAUACCAAAAAUCAUGGCAGCCUUUGGCAAUUUUGCAAACGACAAUGAGAUCAAGGUGUUACUGAAGGCUUUCAUAGCUAAUCUUAAAUCCACUUCCCCUACGAUCCGUCGAACAGCUGCAGGAUCGGCUGUGAGCAUCUGUCAGCACUCGCGGAGAACGCAGUAUUUUUAUGCCUGGCUAUUGAAUGUACUUCUAGGCUUGUUGGUUCCUGUAGAAGAUGAUCACCCUACUCUUUUAAUUCUGGGUGUUUUACUUACACUAAGGUAUCUCAUACCUUUAUUGCAACAACAAGUGAAGGAUACCAGCCUGAAAGGCAGUUUUGGUGUAACAAGAAAAGAAACAGAGAUUUCACCUUCACCAGAACAGCUGAUACAGGUUUAUGAAUUGACUCUGCAUUACACUCAGCAUCAGGACCAUAAUGUUGUGACUGGAGCUUUAGAAUUAUUACAGCAGCUCUUCAGAACACCUCCACCUGAACUUCUGCAUGCUCUGACUGCUUCAGGGGGUAUUGCACAGGUCAGUGUAUCCAAAGACGAACCUGCCAGCAGGAGCCGCAGUGGGAGCAUAGUGGAACUGAUAGCUGGAGGGGGGUCUUCAUGCAGCCCUGUUCUUGCAAGAAAGCAUAAAGGUAAAGUACUUCUUGGUGAAGAAGAAGGUUUGGAGGAUGAUGCUGAAACCCGGUCAGAUGUCAGUGCUGCAUCCUUUGCAGCUUCUAUGAAGGGUGAGAUAAGCAGUGAACUAGCUUCUUCAUCAGGUGUCUCAACAGCUGGGUCAGUGGGGAGUUCAGCUGCCGACCCUACUGGCCAUGAUAUCAUUACUGAGCAGCCGCGUUCUCAGCAUACAUUGCAGUCGGACUCUGUGGAGCUGGCAAGCUGUGAUUUGACAAGCACAGCUACUGAAGGGGAGGAAGAUGAUGUGCUCAGUCGAAGCUCCAGCCAGAUCAGUGCUGUGCAGUCAGAUCCCACUAUGGACUUGAAUGAUGGUACACAGGCUUCCUCACCAAUCAGUGAUAGCUCUCAGACUACUACAGAAGGUCCUGACUCUGCUGUAACCCCUUCGGACAGUUCUGAAAUUGUUUUGGAGGGUGCUGAAGGACAGUAUUCUGGAAUGCAAAUUGGACAGCUGCAGGAUGAGGAAGAUGAGGCUGCAAAUAUUCUCCAAGAUGAUUCAUCGGAGUCUUUCAGAAAUUCUUCUAUCGCUCUUCAACAGCCUCACCUGUUGAAAACCACCAGCCAUAGUAGGCAGCCUUCAGACAGCAGCGUAGACAGAUUUCCAGCAAAGGAAGAUGCAACAGAGCCCGGUGAUCAUGAGAACAAGCCCUCCAGGGUAAAAGGAGACAUAGGCCACUACACCGAUGGAGACUCCGCUCCUUUAGUGCACUGCGUUAGACUUCUGUCUGCCUCUUUUCUGCUUACUGGGGAGAAAGGAGCUUUAGUUCCUGACAGAGAUGUGAGAGUCAGUGUAAAGGCUCUGGCAGUGAGUUGUGUUGGAGCAGCCAUUGCACUUCACCCCGAGUCUUUCUUCAGCAAACUGUAUAGAACACCUCUUGAAGCGAUGGGAGAAGAGUAUGAAGAGCAGUAUGUAUCAGAUAUCCUGAACUACAUUGACCAUGGAGAUCCCCAGAUCAGAGGAGCUACUGCAAUUCUGUGUGGAACAAUUAUCAACUCCAUUCUCAUUAAAUCCCGCUUUGAUGUGGAGAAAUGGCUGACUCGCGUCAGAAGCUCGACAGGAAAUCUCUUUUCCUUGGUAGACUGCAUUCCUCUGUUACAGAAAACACUGAAGGACGAGUCCUCUGUUACUUGCAAACUGGCUUGUACAGCUGUGAGGCAUUGCAUCAUGAGUUUAUGUAGCAGCAGUUACAGUGAAUUAGGUUUACAGUUAAUUGUUGACCUCCUCACUCUGAAGAACAGCUCCUAUUGGCUGGUAAGGACAGAACUUCUGGAAACACUGGCAGAGGUAGACUUUCGGUUAGUCAGCUUCUUGGAAGGAAAAACUGAGAGUUUACACAGAGGUAUUCAUCAUUAUACUGGUCUACUGAAACUUCAGGAGAGAGUGCUUAAUAAUGUUGUAAUAUGUCUGCUUGGAGAUGAAGAUCCCAGAGUGAGACAUGUAGCUGCAGCUUCAUUAAUUAGGCUUGUUCCAAAGCUGUUCUAUAACUGUGACCAAGGACAGGCUGAUCCAGUUGUGGCAGUAGCAAGAGACCAAAGCGGUGUCUACCUGAAACUACUCAUGCAUGAAACUCAGCCUCCAUCUCACUUUGCAGUGAGCACUAUCACCAGAACAUACAGAGGUUACAACAUGGUGCAAAGUCCAACAGAUGUUACUAUGGAGAACAACCUCUCAAGGGUUAUCGCAGCCAUUUCCCAUGCCUUGACAAUCUCCACUACAAGAGCACUUACGUUUGGCUGCUGUGAAGCUUUGUGUCUUCUCUCCACAACGUUUCCAGUCUGCACCUGGAGUGUGGGAUGGCAGUGUGGUGUUUCUCAGCCAAGUCCUUCAGAUGAAACUCAGAAGGGUUGCACUAUUGGAGUGGCUGGCAUGGUCCUGUCUCUGCUUUCAUCAGCAUGGUUCCCACUGGACCUCUCUGCACAUCAGGAUGCUUUGAUUUUGACUGGAAACUUGCUUGCAGCAAAUGCCCCCAAGUGCUUAAAGAAUCCCUGGAGUGCUGAAGAUGAUUCCACCCAGGGCACUGCAAAGCAGGAGGAACCUUGGCCAGCUCUGGCAGAUAGAGCUCUUGUUACCUUAGUAGAACAGCUCUUCUCUCACCUGCUGAAGGUCAUUAAUAUUUGUGCACAUGUCAUGGAUGAUGUUGCUCCUGGCCCUGCAGUGAAGGCAGCAUUACCUUCUCUCACAAACCCACCUUCUCUUAGUCCAAUUCGGAGGAAGGGGAAAGAGAGAGAGUCUGCUGAACAGGCAUCUGUGCCAAUGAGCCCUAAAAAAGGUGGUGAAGCAAGUCCAGCUACUAGGCAAGCUGAUGCUGCUGGGCCUGUUCCAACAAGUAAAUCGUCUUCAGUAGGAAGCUUUUAUCAUCUUCCAUCAUAUCUGAAGUUGUACGAUGUCUUGAAAGCAACCCAUGCUAAUUAUAAGGUUACUUUGGAUCUCCAGAACAGUAGCGAAAAGUUUGGAUGUUUCUUACGGUCUGCCCUAGAUGUUCUGUCUCAAAUCCUGGAACUUGCUACUCUUCAGGACAUUGGAAAGUGUGUAGAAGAAAUUUUGGGAUACCUGAAAUCAUGUUUCAACAGAGAACCAACAAUGGCAACAGUCUGUGUACAGCAGUUAUUAAAAACAUUGUUUGGGACAAAUCUGGCUUCUCAGUAUGAUGGCUUGUCUUCAAACCCCAACAAAGCUCAAGGCAAAGCUCAACGCUUGGGUUCUUCCAGUGUGAGACCUGGUCUCUAUCAUUACUGCUUCAUGGCACCAUACACACAUUUCACUCAGGCCCUUGCUGAUGCCAGUCUAAGGAACAUGGUUCAGGCUGAGCAGGAGCACGAUGCUUCAGGGUGGUUUGAUGUGCUACAAAAAGUUUCUACACAGCUGAAAAGUAACAUUACCAGUGCAGCAAAGCAUCGUGCUGAUAAGAAUGCUAUUCACAAUCACAUUCGUUUAUUUGAACCCCUUGUCAUAAAAGCAUUGAAACAAUAUACUACCACAACAUCAGUACAGCUGCAGAGACAGGUUCUGGACCUGCUUGCUCAACUGGUUCAGCUACGAGUUAACUACUGCCUUCUGGAUUCAGAUCAGGUGUUUAUUGGAUUUGUGCUGAAGCAGUUUGAAUACAUUGAAGUCGGGCAGUUCAGGGAAUCUGAGGCAAUCAUUCCUAAUGUCUUCUUUUUCCUGGUGUUGCUGUCUUACGAGCGGUAUCAUUCCAAGCAGAUAAUUGGAAUCCCUAAGAUCAUUCAGCUGUGUGAUGGAAUCAUGGCCAGUGGGAGGAAAGCUGUUACACAUGCAAUUCCAGCUUUACAACCCAUUGUUCACGAUCUCUUUGUGUUGAGAGGAACAAAUAAAGCUGAUGCUGGAAAAGAGUUGGAAACACAAAAGGAGGUGGUAGUGUCAAUGCUGCUGAGACUUAUUCAGUACCAUCAGGUACUAGAAAUGUUCAUUUUAGUAUUGCAACAGUGCCACAAAGAAAAUGAAGACAGAUGGAAAAGAUUGUCCCGGCAAAUAGCUGACAUUAUUCUCCCAAUGCUUGCAAAACAACAGAUGCACAUAGACUCUCAUGAGGCUCUGGGAGUAUUGAACACCUUGUUUGAAAUUCUGGCUCCUUCAUCCCUUCGCCCUGUGGACAUGCUUUUAAGGAGUAUGUUUGUUACUCCUAAAACAAUGGCAUCUGUGAACACUGUCCAGCUGUGGAUUUCUGGAAUUUUAGCUAUCCUUAGAGUCCUGAUUUCACAGUCAACAGAAGACAUUGUUCUGUCACGUAUACAAGAGCUUUCCUUCUCUCCAUAUUUGAUUUCAUGUCAAGCCAUCAACAGGCUGAGAUGUGGAGAAAAUAACCUAACGGCACCAGAGGAUCAUCCAGAGGCCAAACAGGCCAAGUACCUGCCUGAAGAGACCUUCUCUAGGUUCUUAUUACAACUUGUUGGCAUUCUGUUGGAAGAUAUUGUUACCAAACAGUUGAAAGUGGACAUGAAUGAGCAGCAGCAUACUUUCUACUGCCAGGAGCUGGGCACACUGCUUAUGUGCCUAAUACAUAUCUUCAAGUCAGGGAUGUUCAGAAGAAUCACAGCUGCAGCCACCAGGCUUUUUACAGGAGAUGGAUCUGAUGGUAGUUUCUAUACCCUGGAGAGUUUGAGUGACCUUGUUCAGUCCAUGAUUCCCACACAUCCUUCUUUAGUUCUCCUUUGGUGUCAAAUCCUGCUUCUUGUCAAUUACACCAACUACAACUGGUGGUCAGAAGUGCAUCAAACCCCAAAGAGACACAGUCUUUCUACGACUAAGUUGCUUAGCCCUCAGAUAUCUGGGGACAGCAGCGAAUCCAACGCGGAAUUGAAACGUGGCAUGUGCAAUCGAGAGAUAGUGAGAAGAGGAGCUCUCAUUCUGUUCUGUGACUAUGUUUGUCAGAACCUACAUGAUUCAGAACACUUGACCUGGCUUAUUGUGAAUCAUGUUCAAGACUUGAUUAACCUGUCCCAUGAGCCUCCAGUGCAAGAUUUUAUUAGUGCUAUUCACAGGAAUUCAGCAGCCAGUGGUCUCUUCAUCCAGGCCAUUCAGUCACGGUGUGAGAAUCUUGCAGCUCCCACAACUCUAAGGAAGACUUUACAGAGCUUAGAAGGAAUACAUCUCAGCCAGUCUGGGGCUGUCUUAACAUUAUAUGUGGAUAAGCUGCUGUGCACUCCCUUCCGUGUGCUGGCACGCAUGGUGGACAUGCUGGCUUGCCGUCGGGUAGAGAUGCUGCUGGCUGCAACUUUGCAGAACAGCAUUACUCAGUUACCAGUUGAAGAACUUGAUAGAAUUCAGGAAUACCUUCAAAGCAGUGGACUAGCAACAAGACACCAAAGACUUUACUCACUCUUGGAUAGGUUUCGUCUUAUGGUAGCACCAGAUACAACUAGUCCUUCACCUCUGGUUACCUCACACCCACUAGAUGGAGAAGACCAACCAGCUUUAGAGAAUGUAAUCCUAGACAAAGACUGGUAUGUGUCACUAGUGAGGUCACAGUGUUACGUCAAGUCUGAUUCAGCACUGCUGGAAGGUGCAGAGCUGGUUAAUAAGAUUCCUCAGCCUGACCUGAACUCCUUCAUGACCAGCAAGGAAUUCAACCUGAGCUUGUUAGCUCCUUGUUUAAGCCUUGGCAUGCAUGAAAUAUCCAGAGACCAGAAGAGCAGCUUCUUUGAGACAGCUCGGAGGGUAACUCUGGAUCAUGUGUCUGCUGCUGUACAACACCUUCCUGCCAGCCACCAGGUUUUUCAACCACUGUUGCCAACUGAACCAUCAGCCUACUGGAAAAAACUAAGUGAUAUCUUUGGAGAUGAGGGGAUGUUUCAGUCUGUGAUGACACUUUGCCGUGCACUGGCUCAGUAUUUGCUGUUACUCUCAAAACUGCCUGCUGGUCUCCGUGUUCCUCCUGACAAAGAGGAUGAUAUCCUGAAAUUCAUAGUGAUGUCAGUGGAGGCACUAUCUUGGCAUUUAAUGCAUGACCGGAUUCCAUUAAGUGUAGAUCUUGAAGCUGCUCUGGAUUGUUGCUGUCUGACAUUACAGCAGCCUAAUCUCUGGAAUCUGCUGGCUUCUGCAGCUAAUGUGACAUAUGCCUGCUCCUUAAUUAAUUGUGUUAGAUUUAUCAUAGAAGCAGUUGCUGUUGAGCCUGGUAAUCAACUUCUUAGUCCUGAAAGAAAGAAGAAUACUUCAAAAGGCUUGAGUGAAGGUGAAGCUGAUUCAAGUACACCGAAAGCUAAGCACAUUACUGCAGCUUGUGAAAUGGUAGCUGAGAUGGUGGAGUGCUUACAGACUGUCUUGGCACUGGGGCACAAAAGAAAUGCCAGCAUCCCAGCGUUCCUUACUCCUGUCCUGAAGAAUAUCAUCAUCAGUUUGGCAAGGCUGCCUCUAGUGAACAGUUACACAAGAGUGCCUCCCUUGGUCUGGAAAUUAGGCUGGUCACCAAAGCCUGCAGGUGACUUUGGCACAGUUUUCCCUGAAAUCCCAGUAGAAUUUCUGCAGGAAAAAGAAAUCUUUAAGGAGUUCAUCUAUCGUAUUAAUACCCUUGGAUGGAUCAGCCGUACUCAGUUUGAAGAAACUUGGGCUACUUUGCUUGGAGUGCUUGUAACUCAACCCAUUGUAAUGGACCAAGAGGAGAACCAACAGGAGGAAGAUACAGAAAGGACCCAAAUAAAUGUUCUUGCAGUCCAAGCCAUAACCUCCUUGGUGCUGAGUGCAAUGACAAUACCUGUCGCAGGCAAUCCAGCAGUCAGUUGUUUGGAACAGCAGCCCCGCAACAAAGCUUUAAAAGCUCUGGACACAAGGUUUGGGAGGAAGCUAAGUGUUAUCAGGGGAAUUGUUGAACAGGAAAUCCAAGCAAUAGUAUCAAAGAGAGAUAAUAUUGCUACUCACCACUUGUACCAAGCGUGGGACCCUGUUCCCUCACUUUCUCCUGCUACUACAGGUGCUCUGAUCAGCCAUGAAAAGCUUUUACUGCAGAUCAAUACUGAAAGAGAAAUAGGAGAUAUGGAUUAUAAACUGGGGCAGGUCUCUAUACACUCCAUAUGGUUAGGAAAUAAUAUCACUCCCUUGAGAGAAGAGGAGUGGGGUGAAGAUGAAGAAGAUGAGAAUGACACACCUGCUCCUUCCUCACCACCAACCUCUCCUGUUAACACCAGGAAACACCGUGCUGGUGUAGAUAUCCAUUCUUGUUCUCAGUUCUUGCUGGAGCUGUACAGUCAGUGGAUAUUGCCAUCAAACCCCAGCAAGAGGACACCAGUCAUCCUGAUCAGCGAGGUGGUGCGAUCGCUUCUGGCAGUUUCAGACUUAUUUACAGAAAGGAAUCAGUUUGAGAUGAUGUACACAACCCUGACAGAACUGCGAAAGGUGCAUCCAUCAGAAGAUGAGAUUCUUGUGCAGUAUUUGAUACCAGCCACUUGUAAAGCUGCUGCUGUCCUUGGAAUGGAUAAAGCUGUGGCUGAGCCUGUGAGUCGACUGCUGGAGUCAACCCUAAGAAGCACUCACAUGCCAAGUCGGAUUGGAGCUCUGCAUGGAAUUCUUUAUAUCCUGGAGUGUGACUUACUUGAUGAGACAGCAAAGCAACUCAUCCCAAUAAUCAGCGAGUAUCUGCUCUCCAAUCUGAGAGGAGUAGCACACUGUGUGAAUAUCCAUAACCAACAGCACAUUUUGGUCAUGUGUGCAACUGCCUUCUACUUGAUUGAGAAUUACCCACUUGAUGUGGGACCUGAAUUCUCUGCAGGAAUCAUACAGAUGUGUGGAGUCAUGGUGUCUGGAAGUGAUGAAUCAACUCCAUCCAUUAUUUAUCACUGUGUCCUGAGAGGCUUAGAAAGACUUCUUCUUUCAGAGCAGCUUUCCAGGCUGGAUAGUGAAUCCUUGGUUAAACUGAGUGUUGACAGAGUGAAUGUGCAGAGCCCCCACCGAGCGAUGGCAGCCCUUGGGUUAAUGCUGACUUGCAUGUACACAGGAAAGGAAAAAGUCAGCCCCAGUCGUACUGCAGAUGCAAAUCCUGCUGCUCCUGACAGUGAGUCUGUGAUUGUGGCCAUGGAAAGAGUGUCUGUCCUUUUUGAUAGGAUCAGGAAGGGAUUUCCUUUUGAAGCUAGAGUAGUGGCUCGAAUCCUUCCACAGUUCCUUGAUGACUUUUUCCCCCCUCAAGAUGUGAUGAAUAAAGUUAUUGGAGAAUUUUUAUCCAACCAGCAGCCUUACCCCCAGUUUAUGGCAACAGUUGUUUAUAAGGUAUUCCAGACACUGCACAGCACUGGGCAGUCCUCAAUGGUCCGUGACUGGGUGAUGCUGUCCCUCUCCAAUUUCACACAAAGAACACCUGUGGCAAUGGCCAUGUGGAGUCUAUCCUGUUUUUUUGUCAGUGCUUCCACCAGCCAAUGGAUUUCAGCAAUUCUUCCACAUAUUAUCAGCAGAAUGGGGAAAUCAGAGCAGGUGGAUGUUAACAUCUUCUGUCUGGUGGCCAUCGACUUCUACCGCCAUCAGAUCGAUGAGGAGCUGGACCGGAGGGCCUUCCAGUCUGUGUUUGAGGUGGUGGCAUCCCCAGGAACCCCCUACCAUCGUUUAUUAACUUGCUUGCAGAAUGUCCACAAGGUCACAGCAUGCUGAAUGUCCUGAUGUGGGAUGGAACUGCAUGCCUAGUGUUGGGAUCUGCUCUGAGUUGUGGGGAAUGCAAGAUGGAGAAAGCAUCUGGGGCUGCACUGGUGAUAAAGAUGGACCUGUCACUUAGACUUCCAGAAGGCAUGGACCGAGUGCUCUGCAGCACUGGGAGUCACUUGGAAAGGCUGCUGUGGUGCUUGCUGUUGACUCCAGGCACCUGUGAGCAGAAGGAAACACAUUUCUGUCAGGUGGUGUUUGGGACUAACCUGGGACACAGUUAGUAAUUACAAUAGGAGCAAGUACUACGUGCAAGGUAACUGGUACUGAACUGGUGUUGCUGCUCUUCCUGAUGCUCAGCUGAAGCCACUGUGCUGCAGCGGGUAAGAACCUGACAGAGGCUGUUUGUUACUGCAGGCUGCAGUCACCGUUUCCUGUACCUGUAUAUACUGUUGUGUAGUACCAAAUAGAAAUUGUUUCCUAAUGUCUCUCUUUCCAAACACGGACGAGAGCAAAUAGCUUUCAUGAUUUACACGUCCAGCAUGUAAUUCCUCUAUCUGGGCUCUCCGAUACCCCGUGGUGUAUGUGUUGGUGAUAUCGUGCACAUACCUAGCCACACUCUGCUUUUUUCUUCUCAGGAUUUACAAUUUGAGUCCAGUAUAUCAGUAAAAGAAGUUUUACCUUACAUAUUUCUAUAUCAUGUACAGUCUGUAAAGCUGUAAGAUGUGUGGUGCAUGAGCUGUGCUGUAAUUGGAGAUGAUCAGAAGCCACGCUACUGAAUGUCUUGGCAUCUCUGUUGUCCUCAUUUGGAUUUUAUUUUGUUCCUUAUGCUUGAAUUCAUGUUCCUUUUGGAAAUCCAUCUUACUGUACAGAUCACAUCUUGGUUUGCAUCUCACUUUUUCUUUAAGUGCUUUAGAACUGGAAUAUGUUGAUUAAUUUGUCUUGAGAGACUGUACUAGGGAGGCAUUCUUGUGAUCCACUUUCCUGUAGCUUAUUUUGAACUCUUUUGAGGCAGGGUGGUAAAAGAGAGGAUGUGUUACUCCAGCCUUUUGUAUACUUCAGAAACAGCUCUUACUUGCUGCAUAACAUUUUAAGAGGCAAAAUGGUGCAAGCUGCCCAGUAGUCAACAUGUGUUUGACCUUUCCUAACUGACCAUGCAGUCAUCUGGAUUCAAACCACUCUCAUGUAAGCAAAUUCAUGCUACAGUUAAGAGUCAGAAGGCUGCUGUUGUCUACUGGGACUGGCUAAAGUGUUAGGAUUACACAACCUCCUGUUGGUUCCAUAGUGCUUCAGGCAUGAACACAGUGCAAAUAGCCAUCAACUUCAGGACACUAUACAGGGCCACGUUUAGCUCUCACCACCCAGAGAACCCUACUGAUGACUGAGCAUUGCCUGGGGCAAUCUAGCACAGCAUUUGUAUUGAACUGAAUUGGUUAGAAUUCUUUCAUUCUGCAGAAGUGCUGCCUUGGUUCUCAGUCAUGUCCUGCAUUUAACCUCUCUUUGUUUUCUUCCCACACCUUUUGAUGACACUUGGAGCAAUGAGAGAGUGUUGUCAGGAGGAGCACGUACUGUAUGUAUUUCUGUAUAUAAUGUAUAUGUUGGAAUUACACACAUGUGACAACAUUUAAUGUAUACAGAUGUGUAUAUUUGUAUUUAUUAAACCCAGAUAUUUAAACUAAUUCCAUUCUAGACCAAAAAUUGUUGCUUCUGCCCAUAAAUCGCAGCCAAAGGAAUUGUCCACAGGUGUCACUUCCUUGAGAGGAAACUGAUAGUAUGGGCAGUAGAAACAACUGUAGAUGUUGCUAUAUUGAGCCCUCUACAGAUAUUACUAUCCAGAGCAAUUAUUUCUGCCCUUAGUUGGGUUAAUCUUCUUUCUUGGGCCACAGCACUGUGGUGAUUUUUAAAAGAAACUGAGCAAGAGUAUAUUAACAAAAAAAGAGAGAGAGAGAGAAAAGAAAUUUAAUACAAUAGGCUCUGUUUGGAAGUUUUUGAGUUGUGUUGGAGAUGACCUGAAUCCUGCUAAAAGGCUGAUUCCAGGCAGUGAGCUGUCAUGCCCUGUUUCCACACAGGCCAGUACAGCUCACUCCUCCCUUUUGUAACCACCACCUAUCGUUUUCUACUGUAAACCCGCCCUGCACCAGUCAGUUUUUGUAUGAUAUAUAUUUUAAGUGAAGAUAUUUUUGUAAGCUAUUUUCCAAACUUUAAAACAGAUUUUAAUAUAUUUUUGAAGCAUCAGGUCAGCCAUAUCCUCACCAUCUCAGAGUCUGUGUUGCGUUACAGAUGGGUACGUUCUUUAUCAUUUUGAGCUCCUCACGAUUAACACAGAACAGAUGAUUAUGUACCUUGGGAUAGCAGGAGCUAGGCCCUUUGUGCAGCUUUUCCAAACCAAUUUGAGACUUGCCAUAGAGUCUUUCCAACCACUAAAGGAAUAAAUGGAAUUAGGCAGUUAGCACGGCUGGAUGAAAAACACCAGCUGUGGCAGACUCCUUUUCCUCAGAUGCCAGCAGAUGUCUGCAUUACCUAUUACAAGCCAAGCUCUAGAGCUGGUGUAGUUCUAACCUCACACAGAUUCACUGGUAGUCAGAACUCCCAUUUGGUUUAACCUUUCUUGGAGUUUGCCAUUGUGUCCCUCCUGAAAUGUGUCCUAAGUGUCUACAGAAGGGCACCUCCUGGGAAAAAUUUCUGUGACCUGAAGGCAAUGCAACUUAAAGGUCUUCCUAGUGUGGCAACACACACCAGUAGUGCUUCAAACCUGACAUUUCAUUUGCAGCACACUUUCCUGUCUACUUCCUAGACUCCUUCUCCCACCCUCACUACUUUUGGAGUGGAAUCAUAUUGAAAAUCACUCCUGCCUGCUCCUAGUGGCAAGAGCUAAGAGGUUUGUGGUGGGCACAGUUAACAGCAAAACAAUGGCCACUAAGAAAUACCAAUACUGGAUUUAAGGCAAAAAGGGAAAUCACUUCUCCCUUGAGUUUGGUUGUCUUAGGGCAAAAUUCUGUCACAAAUUGUUUUUAACUUGCUGUAGACAGAAAGGUAACUCUGGAAAUUGGGCUGUUUCAGUGAGGACAGGGUAGGAAUGUGUUUGAAGCUUAACAUUUGGUGUCCUGGCUAGGCAGAGUGAGCAGUUUCUUUAAUGUGCUUUGCAGUGGAACUGGCUUUGUUACAGCCUUCUGAGGGCCACGGCACGACUGGGAGCAUACUUAAGGCAGAACCAUGUUUAAAGCUUCAUUUACAAUUCAGCUGUCAAAGAACUUACUCUACCAACUCCCUGUCCUGGCCCUCAUUUAAGAAUACUGCAUGCAAGCCAACUUCUCCUAAGGAGUUUUUGGGCCAGCUACCCAGUGACCCAUUAAACACAGUUUGAUUUCAUUUCAGCAUGCCCCCUGCCUUGCACUGAGGAAAGGAUAAACCAUUGUAAACCAGUUCUUAGUUGUGGGACUCAGAGCCUUUUCUUCACUGCUUUGCUCUGCCAGUUGAAAUUGAAUGUGAGUUUAUUUAAAUCCUUCCUCAGAUAGCAAUUCUUGCCUAAAGCAUCUAGUAAAUGAUUGUGUAUGAUUUUAGCUUUGGUAGGAAUGCCUUCUCAGCACCAAGACAUUGCUUGUUCCUUAACCACCAGCAGCAUUCCUGAAGCACUGAGUAAUGAAUGAACAGAUUUAGAUCAAACGCAGUGGGAAAACCAGGGGAACCUUUUGGGCUGAAAGUAAUUUGUUGAUAGUUAGUAGAUUUGCCUUAAGAGCAUUCUGGUUUGCUAUUCUCCAGAAAUGGCUAUUAACUUUAUAUAGCAGAUAAGGAGGUUGUGUCAAAAGCACUGCAAAGACAGUUUUCCAAGAGCAGCAGACCUGGUUUGUCCUAAGCUUUUUGUGGAGCUGUCACAGCUAAGUGUUUAUGCUUCCAAAAUCAAGGCAGUUUUUAGGGUGCAAUGAGCAAUAAAUACAGCAAUAAUAAACUUAAUUCAGUUUGGUCAUUCAGGAUCUUACAUGGUGGUCGAAAGGGAUGGGCUGGGAAAAGAAGGGGAACUGAUUCAAGUCCAUUCAGUGCAUAAAGCAGAACUUUUCCAUCUACAAUCCCACCUCAGUGUUCUACUAAUGGUAGAAGUCAGCUGCGUGGCUGCGGUAGCUGCUUUGCUUGUCUACUUUUAAACCAAUUUUGGUUAUAGGGAUGAAGUGGUGAGAGCAAAGAGCUAUGGGUUACAAGGUCACUUCACCGUUGUAAAGUGAAAGCAAGCUGCUGCAAGAGCUGCAGUAAGCAAUGCAGCAAAAGUGUGGGGAAGCCCAAUGUGCUAGUUUUACCUGGUACUGAGGUUUCAGGUGAGCUCUUUGUGCAUGGAACCUUAAACUGUACACUGAAAAUGUUAGAGAAUUCUUCUGCUGUAUGCAGGAGAGCUUCUCUCAUGUGCCAGGUGUGAGGUGUGUUCAGGCAAGCCGGGUCUAAGCGCUGCAGAGUGUUGAUGAGGCAUGCGCUGCUUUGUGUUACCUGCCUUUUGUCUCAGCUGCUCAUCCCCAUCAGUCUAUCUGCAUCUCACCAGCUGGGUCAGCCUGGCCAAGGGGAAGGCAACACAUCCCUCUGGGGGUGUCCCGAAGAGGUGGAGGGCAAUGAGGAGCAAAAAGCUUGGAGCCCCAACCCCCAAAAGCAGUUGUACUCAAAGGACAAAGGAAAACUUAUGAUUUUAGAUGUAUGUUUAAGUUAAAGUCGUAAACUGCUGAAAAUACUGCACAUGGAAACUGAAAGAGAAAAUAAAAGAGAACUAUUGCUGUAA